CUGAGCUGCCGCGAGCCCGGCCAGGAACUUCUGGAAUCUAGGCGCAAUGGCAGCGUUGCCGGAGAGAUCCAAAGAAUGCCGCAGCAGCACAUCGCCUGCCAUCGUGUCACCAAAAAAGAAACCUGUGAUGAUCGAAAACACCAACUCCUGGUCCUGGUACGUCCUGGGCCUGCCGCUCAAGGACGUCCGAUCGGCCUACGCGCUGGGCAAGGAGCUCGGGCGCGGCCAAUUCGGCAUCACGUACGCCUGCACGGACAAGAUCACGGGCGAGAAGCUGGCCUGCAAGACGAUCUCCAAGCGCAGCCUGCGCAAUCGCACCGACAUGGAGGACGUCCAGCGCGAGAUGCAGAUCAUGCAGCGCCUGGCCGGGCACGCCAACAUCGUGGAGCUCAAGGCCGUGUACGAGGACAAGCAGAGCGUCCAUCUGGUGAUGGAGCUGUGCGCCGGGGGCGAGCUCUUCGAUCGGAUCGUGUCGCGUGGGCACUACACGGAGAAGGCGGCGGCGGCGGUGUUUAGGACGAUCGUCAGGAUCGUCCAGCAUUGUCACGCCACCGGAGUGAUCCACCGCGAUUUGAAGCCCGAGAAUUUCUUGCUGGCCAGCCCCGCCGAGGACGCGCCGCUCAAGGCCACGGACUUUGGAUUGUCAGUGUUCUACAAGCCGGGACAAAUAUUUACCGAAACAGUGGGCAGUGCUUACUACGUAGCCCCGGAGGUUUUGAAGAAACGAUACGGUCCAGAGGCGGAUAUAUGGAGUGCCGGGAUCAUACUUUACAUUCUUCUUUGCGGCUUGCCACCUUUCUGGGCAGAGACGGAGAAAGGGAUCUUCGACUCGGUGUUGCGCGGGGAGUUGGAUUUCAGCGAUGAUCCAUGGCCGAAGAUCUCCUCCUCGGCCAAGGAGCUCAUCCGCCGGAUGCUCAACCAGAACCCGAGCGAGAGGCUGGCGAUCCCGGAGAUUCUUGAUCAUCCCUGGGUAAGGCCGGAUGGUGAGGCGUCGGAUCAACCCCUGGAUCAGUCUGUUCUUGCGAGAAUGAAAGGCUUCACGGCCAUGAACAAGAUGAAGAAGAUAGCUCUCAAGAUCAUUGCCGAGAGCCUGUCCGAGAAAGAGAUCAAGGGUCUCAAAGAACUCUUCAAGAAAAUGGACGUGGACAAGAGCGGCACCAUCACCUUCGAAGAACUCAAGUCGGGCUUGGCGAAGCAAGGCUACGAUAUGGCCGAGUCGGAGGUCCGAGCGAUCAUGGAGAGUGCCGAUGUCGAUGGAAACGGGACGAUCGAUUAUCUCGAGUUUAUCUCGGCGACAAUGCACAUGAACAAGAUGGAUCGGGAGAAUAACUUGCUCGCGGCCUUCAAGCAAUUCGACACGGACAAUAGCGGCUUUAUCAGUGUUGAGGAGCUCGAGCAAGCUCUGUACAGGUAUGGAAUGGUGGACGAGGGGAUGAUCAAGGAUAUAAUCAAGGAAGUGGACGUGAACAAGGACGGGAGGAUAGAUUACAACGAGUUUGCUACGAUGAUGCUGCGAGCGGGAUCGAGUGCUGAAGAGGACGGGAUCAAGCGCUUGGAAGCACCCGUUGGAAAACCAAAGCCGCGAGCAUAGAAGUUUUU